CCAAUUAUAGAGCCGUAUUAGCAUGUUAAGAUAUUGUUCGAAAUGAUUUUAAAAUAAGAUUUGACUAUUAAUACCGGUACCGGCCUAUGAAUACCGGCCCAAGUCAAGCCCAAGUGUUCAUCAUGUUUUAAAGCCGUUUCCGAGCUUUAGAGGGUGGGUCAGACUUUUGAGAUGCUAUGUUAAGCCUCGUCUAUAAUAGCUAUAGUGGUAAGGUAGUUGUAAUUUGCGACAGCCAAUGAGUAUAAAGCUUUUAUGUUCCAAUAUUUAUAGUCGGGUUUCAUAUUUAAAAUUAUCUUAAGUACUGUCUUAAGAUGUCAUCAACCAAUCACAGAGUCGUAUUAGCAUUUUAAGACAUUGCUUGAGACAAUCUUAAAAUAAGAUUUGACUAUGAAUAUUGGCCAAUGACCUUACAACUUUACUACUACUGCUAUUGUAGAUGAGGCUUUAUAUGUAAUAUUUCUUUUUUACGUGUUAUUUUAGUCACAUAGAUCUUAUAUUAUCUACUGAUUUAGAGAAGAGAGGUAAGGCUUUUUCUUUUUUUUUCCUUUUAUUUUUUCUUUUUUAUACAUAUAUAAUACAGCUGCUUUGCGUGUUUUUAUAAAUACGGCUGCUGUGCGCGUAUAUAAAAACGGCUGCUGUGCGCGUUUAUAUAAAUACGGCUGCUGUGCGCGUAUAUAAAAACGGCUGCUUUGCGCGUUUAUAUAAAUACGGCUGCUGUGCGCGUAUAUAAAAAAAACGGUUGCUGUGCGCAUAAAAACGGCUGCUUUGCGCGUUUAUAUAAAUACGACUGCUGUGCGCGUUAUAUAAAUACGGCUGCUGUGCGCGUAUAUAAAAACGGCUGCUUUGCGCGUUUAUAUAAAUACGGCUGCUGUGCGCGUAUAUAAAAACGUUGCUGUGCGCCUUAAUAAACUGUGCGUUAAUACAAAAUUGUUCUAUUUAUUAUAAACAAUUAUUUUACAUAAAAAUGUCCAUAAAAACAAAAGAACAAAUAAUGCUCUCGUCAGAAGAAAAAAGUAUUAUUGUUCAAGGUGGGUGGUUAGAAGAUAUGCACAUGGAGCAUUUUAAUCACCUUUUAAAAAGUAAUUCAAGUUAUAAACCCGUUAGUACGUUGCAAACUUAUAUUCCUGAUACAAUACCGUCUAUGUCAGAAAAUGAAAAACAUAUACAGAUUUUACAUAGUUCUGAUUUUGAUUUAGAUACUUGUGAAUCUAGUUCAUUACAUUUGUAUAAGUUACAUGAGCUAUUAAAUGUUAAUGGACAUUGGGUGUGUUGUUACUAUGAUAGAAAAAACAUAUAUAUUUUUGAUUCGUCUAAUAAAAAGAAGUUGCACAAACGUCAUGAACAAGUUUUGAGACGAUUAUUUCCAUUUUAUUCUUUUGAUAAAAAGCCUAUAAGAUUUCCUACUGUGCAACAACAACCAAACUGUAACGAUUGUGGGGUUUUUGCAAUAGCUUUUGCUACUUCGUUAUUAUUCAAUAUUAAACCCGAAAAAGUAAGAUACAACAUUAGCAAAAUGCGCUCGCACUUAUUAGACCUUUUUCAAUUUAAUAAGAUUGAGCACUUUCCUCAAGAUUUAAAGUAUGGCGUGCCUCAGACAGUGCUUCCAUUAGCAGUAAUAAGAGCAAAAGAGGCUGAAGCGUUUCGUUUACGUACCAAACGUCAAAGUGAAAAAACGCAAUCACAGAAAUUGAAUAAAAAAAUUUGCAAUUCUCAACAAACUAAAAAAGAAUUAUCAAGCAUAUUAAUAUCAAAAAAUAUUGAGCAGUUUGAUAAAUCUCAAAAUGAAUCGUGCGUAGAAAAUAUUGAUUCUAAUAAUAAAUAUAAAAAUAACGUGAAAGUUUACGAAGUAAACAAAGAUAUAGAAAAUAAAUUUGCUAAUAAUCAUCUACAAAAUAAAAACGAUUUUGAAGUCAAUAAAAAGAAACGUCGAGAAAUGACGCUGUCGUCAGAACAAAAGAGUAUUAUUGCUCAAGGUGAAUGGUUAAAUGAUCUGCAUAUGGAUCAUUUUAAUCAUCUCUUAGAAAAGUAUUCAGCUUAUAGACCUGUUGGAACAUGGCGAGUACAAACAAUAGAUAGAGUGCAACCAAUACCAACCAAUAAAAGACAUAUACAAAUAUUACCUGUUACGAGGUUGGGACUACAUUGGACAUGUUGUUAUUAUGAUACAAAGGAUAUAUAUAUUUAUGAUUCUUUUAAUUCAAAAAUGUUAAGUGACUGUCAGAAACAAUUUUUAGACAAAUUAUUUCCAACGUAUGAUUUUAUUAAGUGUCCUGUAAAAUUUCCUUUUGUGCAAGAACAACCGAAUACGCAUGAUUGUGGUGUUUUUGCUAUAGCAUUUGCUGUUUCGCUAUUUUUUAACACUAAACCAGAAAAUGUAAGAUAUGACGUUAACUUAAUGCGUUCGCAUUUAAUACAAAUGUUUGAAUCCAAUAAAAUUGAGCACUUUCCUCUAGAAUUAAAUCAAUUUCAAAAAAAUUAUGAUUCCUGGCAAACCCCAAAAAAAUUAAAUAACGAUUUAAUAAAAACGCAAAGUUUAAAAGAAAAAAAAGUACAAUCAAUAAUAAAUGAUAUUUAUGUUGAAAAGAUUGAUAAAGGAUUAGAAAGUGAAUUGUAUAUUGAAAAUAUUUAUCAUGAGAUGAAUAAUACUAUUAAUAGUGAUGUAUGUAGUGAUAAUAAGCAAGAAAAAAUAAACAUUCAAAAUACAAAUGCAGAAAAUAAAAAUAAAUAUUCGGAAUAUAAUUUUGAAUUAGGGCAUAUUAAUAAAAAUAAACAAUAUCAGCAAGAAAACAAUAAACAUAGUAACAACCAAGCGCAUUAUGGUGAAAAAAUAGAAAGUUAUCGUGUUAAAAAGCGGCUCCGAUAUCAACAGGAUUUAGACACUAAUCGUGCUAAAAAACGAAGACUAUAUCAACAGGAUUUAGAGAAUAAUCGUGCUAAAAAGCGAUGUCAAUAUGAACGGAAUUUAGAAAAUAAUCGCGCUAAACAGCUACAACGAUACAAACGAGACUUACAAAAUAAUCGCGCUAAACAAGUCCAACGAUAUAAACGAGACUUACAAAAUAAUCGCGCUAAAAAAGUAGAACGUUAUAAAAAACAUUUAGAAAAUAAUCGUAUUAAAAAACGAUGUCACUACAAAAAGACUUUAGAAAAACAACGUGUACAAAAACGAAUACGUUAUUUUAUCAAUUCUGAGCGUGAACGAGAAAGACAAAAAGAAUUAUCUUCUGAUCGUAAGUGGCUUUACAAUAAGCGAUAUUAUCAGAAAAGAAAAUCUGAGUCCACAUUUGCAGAGAAAAAUUACAAUAUUGCCAAAAAUGUUAAUAAAAAGUAUUCAAAAUUUCGAUCAACAAAUUUUAUAAAAAUUCGCAGUUCUUUUGACACAUUAGUUAAAAAUAUUUUACAUGUACAAAAAAUUACAGAUUGUAGUAAAGGUUAUAUUGAAGAACGACUAAAAACAGAACAAAUUGUACGCUGGUGUUUCAUUAUUAGAAAUAAUUAUAUUCGUAAUAUAUAUAAAACGCUAAGUCUGCUUAAAAAUAAAUCGGAAACAUGUUUAACUGUUGCUGCAGAAUAUUCUACAGUUGAUGAUAAAUUAAGUGCGUUAUGUGGUAUAUCUAGACAUACAGCUUCGUCCGAGAAUUAUUUCACAGAUUCCAUGUAUCAUAAUAUAACUUCAUCCGAAGUCAAUAUAAGUGAACCUUUAAUAUUAAAUACAAGAGGACAAAUUGUUAAUGCGUUACCUUUAAUAGAAGCACGAGCAAAAAAAUCGUGGUUGUGCAGUAUUUUAUGUAAAGUUAAGAAUCCGUUUCUAAUUGAUCGAUAUCAAAAAUUCCUACAAGCUAUAAAUAAAUGUACUUUAAAAAACAUACCAGAAUUAAUGCAAAAAAUUUAUGAAUGCACUGUGACAAUUUUUGAUAAGAAAUUAGGUAAUGCUAAGAAGGGCCAUGCACAUAGUUGUUAUAUUGAUUUAAAUCUUUGUAAAGCUAUGUCUAUUCCAAUGCAAUUAUUAUCACCUCAUUUCCCAAAAGUAAGAAAUAUUAGACGUUUGCUUUAUCAACUUUACAGCUUUUAUAAAAAAAUGUUAGAGCUGGAUGAAGCGUUAACUUCUGGUGAGGUUGAUAAAUUAAAACAAAUUAUAACUUCAGUACAAGAGAAAGCAGAUAUGUAUAAGCAUCAGCAAACUGAUACAAUUUUGAGUGAUGAUGAUAUUAUUUCUAAAUAUCAUAAUGCGUUUAUAGCUUUGAAAAAACGUUCAUUGGACACACCGCGGUAUAUUUGUGUGUCAUGUGAGAGACUUUGUUAUAAAAAAAAUGUUUCUAAAAUUAGUAAACUUCAGACACGUAGAAAAAAUCCAAUUUGGAAAGAUUUAAUGGCAUACGUAGAGCAACAAAAUAUUAAUCCGCAAUAUAUAUGUCAUUAUUGUGAUAAAAAAUUUCGUAGCGGUUUGUUGCCUGCUUAUUGCAUUUUGAAUAAUCUCUUCGCUAAUGAUGUACCGGAGGUAAUAUCGUCCCUUAAUCAAUUUGAGAAAAUGCUUAUACAGAGAGCUAAAGCUUUUCAAACUGUAGUUAAAAUGGGAACAGUUUUUAAUAAAAAAAUUCCUGAGAGACAAAAAAUACAGAAAGUUAAAGGUACAACUUUUCAUUUACCACUUCCCUUACAGGAGACUUUUGAUAAAUUAUGUUCUAAAACUGAUCCAAUAAAUUUAAAUCAUGAACUAUGUAUUUUGGUAAGAAAUAUUCCAACCAAAUCAAAAAUCAUUUGGGAAGAUUUAGUGGAUCUUAAAAAAAUAUAUGAAGCUUUAAAAUGGUUGAGAAUUAAUAAUUUCUUAUAUUCUGGUAUUGUAUUGCCCAAUACUCACAAUAAAUUAAAUUUAGGAAAUCUUAAUAAUGCAGAAUUUUAUAUUCAAGAAACAAAAAAUGAUACAGAAGUUUUAUUUAAUGAAGAAUGUAAACCGAUAAAUAAUUCAGAUUUACAAAUGCAAGAGAUAACAGAUCACGUGGAAGUUACAUUGCAUCAGCGUGAGGCUAUGUUAACUCAAAAAGAUGAAAGUGACAGUUACUACGAGCAAUAUACUAUAUAUCCAUUGUAUGAAAAAAAAGAAAAUAAAACUGCGACUGCCUUGUAUCAAAUGUUAAAAAUUCAAGAUUCAUCUUUGGAUAAUCGCGAAAAAAAUUUGGAUUUGAUGUGUUUUCCAGAUUUAUAUCCAUUCGGUUCGAAUGGACAAUGUGAUGAAAAAAGACCGGUCAAACUUCAAGAGCAUGAAUUUAUUAAAUGUCGUUUAACGUCUAGGCAUCCACGAUUUAGAUUAAAUCAACAAUAUUUAUUCUAUUUGUUAAAUAAAGCGAAUAUUCGUCAGUUAAGUCGUGGAAUUUAUCAUAAAAUGAAUAUAACUGAUCCACGAAGUCGUUAUACAGCUGCAGAAUACUUAGAUGCUAUGUCUAAAGAUGCGUUGGAAUCCAAUUUAAAUACUAUAUUUUCUUCACUUCGAAAUACUGAGCAAUAUUGGCGUCAACCAAGAAAUGAUUUAGAUUGUAUGACCCGACAUUAUGGACCUGCAACAUGGUUUAUAACGUUAAGUCCUAGUGAAUGGUUAUGGGACGAUUUAGGUGAUUAUAUUCGUGAAGUUAAUGGAUGGCAAAACUCUUCGUUGAGUACCAGUGAACUUGUUGCUAAAGAUCCUGUAUCAACGUCGAGAUUUCUUGAUAAUAAAUUUCGAGCAAUGAUAGAUUUUAUUUGUUCCAAAGAUUGUCCAAUUGGUGAAGUAACGCACUAUUUUUGGCGACGAGAAUAUCAAGGUAGAGGCAUACAACAUUUUCACUUGUUAGUUUGGAUUAAAGAUGCACCGAUUUUCGGUGAAUCCUCUAUAGAAGAAGUUUCUAAAUUUAUUUUAAAAUACAUAACCUGCAAAAAGCCAGAUAAAAAUAUUUCGCCAUUAUUGUACAGACGUGUUACUACGCAUCAACGACAUAAACAUAAUGAUUAUUGUCUUCGUAAUAAAAAAGUAGGACGUAAAGUUAUUCGUUGUUGUCGUUUUGGAUUUCCUCGUCCCGUUACUGAAACACUGCGUAUGAGAGAUGUAGCAACUUCGAUAGCAGGCAGAAAACAAUUAAAACAUCAAAGCAGAUUGUAUGAUCUUCCUCGAAUGGCUGAUGAAGUUGAUAUUAAUGAUUACAAUUCUGCUCUUCUUACUGCAUGGGAAGGAAAUAUGGAUAUACAAUAUAUUGGUGAAAAGUCGACACUGCUUACAUGGUAUGUUACUAAAUAUGUGAAUAAACCAGGGAAAAGUGAGUUGUCGGACUUUGAUCUUGAAAGUUUUAAGAAUAAUAAAAGCAAAUCAUUGGCAAGUGUUCUUUGGAAUUUUGGUUUACGAUCUCUAACUAAUAGAGAAUGUGGAGCUCUUGAAGCUGCUGAUACUUUGCUAAGUAUUCCUUUAUAUGGGACUGAUCGCAAUACAACUAUUAAAUGGUUAAACGUUAAUCGCAUACGACAGCGGAAAUUAAAAAGUCGUAAAGAAAUUGAAACUCUUGAUGGUGAAUCUACAGAUAUAUUUUGUCCAUCUGUAAUAGAUGAUUAUUAUCCAAAUAGAUCGCAAGAAUUGGAGUCUGUGUCUCUUUAUGAAUUCGUACAAUGGUAUGAUAUCACGACGAUUGAACCGCGAAGUAACAAUAUUGAAUAUUAUAAAAUAAAUAAUAGUCAUUAUCUUAAACGGCGACGACGCGCAUGUCUUAUUAAUCACUAUAAAUACAAUGUUGAAACACGACCGGAAGAAUAUUUCUUUUCUUUAUUGCUUAUGUUUAAACCAUGGCGAAAUUUAAAGGAUCUUAGAGAUGAUUGUAAUACAUAUGCGCAAGCAUUUGAAAAAGAAAAGUUACAUCUUACGGAGGCAUUGCAAUACCACGAAAAGAUACAAGAGUUGCAAAAAGCAUUUGAAAAUGCAAAAGAGUUGGUUCGACAAGAAGAUGAAAAAUUACAAAAAAAUGUGUCUCAGGAUGACCCUGAUAAUCCGAUAGGUGUUCAAAAUAUAGAAGCUGGUGAAGCGAUGCAAGAUUUUAGAGAUCUUGGUGAUAAAAUAGAUGAGAAAAUCGAUGUUUCUGAAAUGAUAACAAAAUUAAAUUCGGAUCAAAAAAGAGUAUUCGAUAGAGUUAUUGAUACUGUAAGGUUGAGGAAUUCAAUAUUACGAUUAUAUGUUAGUGGAGAAGGUGGAACUGGAAAAAGUUUCUUAAUUAAAACAAUUAAAUGCUGGAUAAAACAAAAUCUUAACAAAGAUACUGCUCUAGCGGCACCUACUGGUAUAGCAGCGUUUAAUAUUGAUGGUUUGACAGUUCACAGAUUGCUCCAAUUACCUGUUGAACAUGGUCAGACUUCAAAGUAUAAACCAUUGGCUAAUCAUGUUUUAAAAGUUUUACGUGCAGAGCUCAAAGAUGUUGUUCUUUUUGUGAUUGAUGAAGUGUCAAUGAUAUCAAAUUUGACUUUAAUGUACAUACAUCUUCGAUUAAGUGAAAUAUUUGAUACUAAUGAUGUUGAAGAGGGUUGGUUCGGUCGAAAACACAUUCUUUUAUUUGGCGAUUUGCUUCAAUUACCUCCCGUACGUGAGGAUCCUGUUUUUGUGCAAUUAUCUAAUGACAAAAUUAAGACAUGUGUUGGUUCUUUAAUUACCGUUAAUUUGUGGACUACAUUAUUUUAUUAUGAUGAAUUGACGAUUAAUAUGCGUCAGCAAGAGGAUGAUACUUAUCGACAAUUGUUGUCGAAAAUUCGUAUCGGUUCAUUGACAAGGUCUGAUUGUGCCAAUCUUGAAAGUAGAAAAAUAUCUUUUAAAGGUAAUUCUAUGGAAUCGAGAUUAAAGGAAAUAUGUGAUUUUAUGGACAAUUUGCCAUCGGACACUGUUUGUUUAUUACCUACUCGUGAUAUGUGUGAAGUUCUUAAUACAGCUAUGUUAAAUCGUAUUGUUUCGAAAGAGAUAUUACUAAUUGCCGAAGAUACAAUUAACUGUACUCCAUAUGUAAAAAAGAAAGUUUUAAAAGUGUUGUCGAAUAAUGAUGAUGAUAAUUCCAAAACUGCUGGACUUUCAAAAGAAAUUGUAAUUAAGAUUGGAGCAAAAGUUAUGAUAAGACGUAAUAUUGAUGCUACUUUGGGUCUUGUGAAUGGUACAAUAGCUAAAGUAGUCUCGGUGGUACAAGAUACGUCUACUGGUUAUGUAGAAAAAAUUAAACUUCUUUUGCCAUCAGGAUUAGAAUAUUUAAUUGAAAGAGUGAGCGUCAAAUUUGAAGUGAUUGAUAAUGCUUUUGUUAUCAGAAAACAAUUUCCACUGUGUGUAAGUUAUGGAAUAACCAUUCAUAAAUGUCAAGGAUUGAGCUUACAAAGUGCCGUUAUGGAUGUAGGCAACUCUAUAUUUAAUUGUGGUCAAGUUUAUGUUGCAUUGUCACGAGUAACGUCUCUAAAAGGGUUGCAUCUCAUUAACUUUGAUCCUUCUUCAGUGACAGCUGAUAGAAAAGCUAUUGACGAAUAUAAUCGGCUAAGAUAUAAGUACAAACCAGAAGUAGAAACAAUUUCUGUUCCAAAAGAACGUCACUGCAAAGUGAAAGAUAUUCCAUGGACAUUGUCGAAAGUAAUCGCUUGUGUUCAGGAGAAUGGUCAAAAUCAAACAUUACAAAUAAAUACUACUUGGAUUUUACGUGGUUUUCAAAAUACAGACAAUGUAUCAUGUUACGCUAAUGCAGUUAUACAAUGUCUAUUGCAUUUAUGUGCUAUUAGAAAGCAAUUGUCUAAUUGUGACAAAUCAAAUGUUUUACGUAUGUUAAUGCAUCGAUAUGAAUAUGGAAUGCGUAAUUUGAAUACACAUGAUAUUCGACAAUAUUUAGGAGAAUUAUUUUCAAUGAACGUAAAACGAGAUGCACUCGAGUUUUUUACAGUUUUGUGUACAAAUUAUGACGGUAUAAGACAAUCAGUAGAACAUCAAAUAACUUCUACUACUCGAUGUAAUUCUUGUAAUAUUACUAAAACAAUCAGUUAUAAUAAUUUAGUUAUUUCAAUAUCUAUUAACAAUUUGAAAAAAAAGAGCUAUAAUCUUAACGAUUUAUUACAUGUUACAUUUUCACAUUGGUGUCGAUCAGAUAAAGGGUUAUGUGAACAUUGUUCAGGAAAUGAUAUAUUGUUUAAAAAUAAACUUACAUUGACGAAUGAUAUAAUUAUUAUUCAUUUAGCAUUAUUUUCAUUACAAGAAGGUAAAGUAGUGAAAGCAAUACGUAAUUUUAAUAUAUCUUCUAUUCCUACGACUAAAGUAUUAAUAGCUGGACAAUCGUAUAAAGUAAUGAAUGCUAUAUUUCAUAGUGGUUUAUGUAUUGAAGAAGGACAUUAUACAAAUAUAUGUAGAGAAGGAUCAUCCAAUAUUUGGAUUGAAAUUGAUGAUGCGCGAAUUAAAAAAAGCCGCUGGCCCAGAGGUGCCAAAGAUCUUUAUGUACUUUUCUUACAAAAAGUUGAUAAAAAUAAUCAUAUUGAAAAAUUACAUAGACCGUAAUUGAUCUGGUUAUAACAUUUAUAUUUAUUAAGCAAAAUAAUAGAAGACAAAGAUGAAGACGUUUUCAUAUUAAUAUAUGUGCACAAAAAUAAAUUCUUGUAUAAAAUAAUUUAACACUAUAAUAUGUUGUCAUAACAAAAUUAUUUUAUAAACUUUAUAAAAAA